CAGCAGCCUGCAGGACUGAAGGAGGAGCAGCGGCAGCAGCAGCGCGAGCCCGACGGAAGUAACCGCCGCCGCCACGGAGACGAGAGAGCCGUCGCGUCGUUUCCUCCUCAAGCGGUGAACUUAUGCCCCACGAUGUCGGGAUUCGACAGCAACCCGUUCGCCGACCCCGUGGACGUGAACCCCUUCCAGGAUGCCUCGGUCACACAAGCCACCAGCGGAGUCACGGAAGGCACCGGCGAGUUCAACCCGUUCUCUGCUGCUGAAAUGGGAAUCCACUCUGGCACGACUAUCCCCAUCUCUUCAGUGGCCUCUCAACCUGCGGUCCUACCGACCUCCUCGGAGCAGAGCGCAAAAGCCACUGUGACUGCUGCCCAAGCGAACCUGGUCAGACAGCAGGAGGAGCUGGAGAAGAAAGCGGCUGAGCUGGACCGGAAGGAGCAGGAGCUGCAGAACAGGAGCACGGGCAGAGGGAACACCGGAGCUAAAGAAAACAACUGGCCACCUCUACCCAGCUUCUCCCCUGUGAAGCCCUGUUUCUACCAGGACUUUGAGGAGGAUAUCCCCGAAGAAUACCGCAGGAUCUGCAAGAGAAUGUACUACCUCUGGAUGUUCCACAGUGCCACGCUCUUCCUCAACGUGCUGGCCUGCCUGGCCUACUUCACCGUAGACGCUUCAAACGGUGUGGACUUCGGUCUGUCCAUCCUCUGGUUCAUCCUCUUCACCCCUGUGUCCUUCGUCUGCUGGUACAGGCCCGUCUACAGAGCCUUCAGGUCUGACAGCUCCUUCAGCUUCUUUUUCUUCUUUUUCGUCUUCUUCUUCCAAGUGGCAGUGUACAUCAUCCAAACUGUGGGCAUCCCCAGGUGGGGCAACAGUGGAUGGAUCACAGCGAUCAGCAUGAUCCGCUUGAAUUUGGCCGUGGCCGUGGUUAUGUUGGUGGUCGCUGGUUUUUUCACUGUAAACGCGGUCCUGGCCAUCAUCCUACUGAAAAUGGUGCACUCGAAGUACAGAAGGACAAGUGCCAGCUUUACGAAGGCCCAGCAGGAGUUCUCCCAAGGAGUCCUGACCAACCGAACCUUCCAGACCGCUGCAGCCGGUGCCACCUCCUCCGCUGCACAGGGAGCCUUUGGCAGGAGCUAGGGGAAUAAGACCGUUUCCCUUAAGGCUAGUCUAUUCCUUGUCUAACUCACCAGUCUAGCAGCGACCCCGACAUUGUUCAAUAGGGAGUUUGAUUAUUUAAUGAAAAGGCAAAUAAAGGUGUCUGCUUCCUCCACAAAACUUUUAAAGACAGUGUGCAUAAUUCAAAGGAGAAGCUAGAGGGUGUUGCACAUCCAUGUAAUGCUACUGAAGUCUUUACCACCCCUCAUCGGUAAUACAGAAUGCUCAAACUUAAGGCUAUCAAAAUUCAAUUUAUUCUGUGGAAAUGUAGGCAGUCACAAAAAUGUCAAAUGGCACCCACUCAUCGCAACAUAACUUCUGGAAUCCAUUUAACACAUCAGUCUACGGAUGAGGUAUCUGUGGAGCACCACUGAACAAGGCUGGGGUUUAGUGAAUACGUGCAAUUAUUGAAGUCUUGUCACUGUUAAAGACGCUAGUGUAAAGUAUGAUGUUUUUUAAAAUUUUCUGCUUCUGAUAAAAAAUGACGUACAUCUCAAAAAACAUACACUGCACAGAGGGUUUGGAUUAUUUAAAAAAGUUAUUUGACAUGAGAAAGUUUUAUCAUCGAUGAGUGACGGCUCCACAUCAUCUAUGUACUCUAUGCCUAUUGUUGUCAUCACAACAGCAUGGAUAGCCUCUUAAAAUGAGAACAUGUUACACGAAACGCCGAACAUUUUUUAACUUUUCCAUGUAUAUAAUGCCGUGUUGGAUAAACUUGUGAGAAAUGAAGGUGACGGGAUGAAGGUUUUUUCUUACUGCUGUGUUUGAUCCACCUAUUGAUUUAGAUGAAGUGAGACGAAAAGCUCCUCUGGGCGCAAAAUGAAGAAGAGAGGUUCGACUCGUACCGUAUGUCAUAUUUUUAAUUCAUGUUGAGUUGUUAGAAACUAUUAUUUUUUGUCUUGCUGUGAUUUAUAUGAGAGAUAAGGUACAAGUCUAUUAAUAUAAAGUUGCUAACAUAGUAUGGAAUUUAGAUGUAUUUACUUAAAAAAAAAAGAACAAGAACAUUAAUGAGCAGAAACAAUACAAUAUUUACCUGGUCACAGAGAAUGUAUUUAUACUGUAACAGUGAAUCACUUUGGUUAGGUGUGACCUCAGGGCCUUUCAUGCUGAAGUAACCUACCAAUUUAUGUUGCAAGGCUGUUAGUUAUUAAUGUUUUGUCUGAUUUUGUUUGUCUUCGUAGAGAAUUUUUGUUUAAUGGUGAAGUUUCCCCUUCAUGAUCAGAAUGCGUAAUAAGAUUUGUUGUACAUAUUGGUGACUUAUUUAAAACAUCUACUGGAGGGGGUUUAUUGUUGGCUUUUAACUUUCAAUAAAAAAAAAAAUUCUUCUCUCUUGAAA